AUGUCCCUCGGCGAGCCGCAGCAGAAGCCCACGUACGAGUACCGCCACCUCAAGGCCGCGCAGCCCACCAUCGGGCUCGUGUGCGCCCCGUUCUCUGGUGGACAGCCGCGUCCUGGCGUCGAGACCGGUCCGCUCCAGCUCAUCGAGUCGGGCCUCGUCGGCGACAUCGAGGCCCUCGGGUGGAAGGUCGACUUUGCCGGCGCCGACACGCUCGAGUCUGCUUCGCUCGUGUCGGACAAGCCCGACCCCGACAUCGGCGUCCUCAAGAAGCCCCGGCUCGUGAGCAAGGUCAAUCAGGAGGUGUCGGAGCGCGUCUACAAGCACUCGAGCAACGGCCAGCUCACCGUCACCAUCGGCGGCGACCACUCGCUCGCCAUGGGCACCGUCAGCGGCACGUUCAAGCAGCACCCGGACGCGGCGCUCAUCUGGGUCGACGCGCACGCCGACAUCAACACGCCUCUGACGACGCCGUCGGGCAACCUGCACGGGUGCCCCGUGUCGUUCCUCAUGGGCCUCCCCGGCACGUCCAAGGACGAGAUCCCCGAGUACGCCUGGAUCGAGCCCGUCCUCAAGUCGGAGCGCCUAGUCUACAUCGGCCUGCGCGACAUUGACGCCGGCGAGCGCAAGAUCCUGAGGGAGAACAACAUCAAGGCGUUCUCGAUGCACCACGUCGACAAGUACGGCAUCGGCAAGGUCGUCGAGAUGGCGCUCGAGCACGUCGGCAAGGACCGCCCGAUCCACCUCUCGUUCGACGUCGAUGCUCUCGACCCGACUGUCGCGCCGUCGACUGGCACUGCCGUUCGCGGCGGCUUGACCUUCCGCGAGGGCCACUACAUCUGCGAGGCUCUCGCCGAGACGGGCCGCCUCGUCUCGCUCGACAUCAUGGAGAUCAACCCGUCGAUCGCGGCCAUGGAGGGCGACGUGCAGCAGACGGUCGACGUCGGCCGGAGCCUGAUCCGCUGCGCGCUCGGCGAGACGCUCCUCUAGAGCCCCACCUCUGUCCCUAUUCCCUCCCCCAGCAACCCGCAUCUCUCUCUCUCUCUCUCUCUCUUGUCGUUGAUCCAGAAAAGUGCGGCAGCUCCCCGUCUCGGAGUUAAAUGAGCGGCCGCCGCACCUGCAACUUGACUCUCUAUCACUGC